AUGAUUGCUUACAAAUGCCCCGAUAUUCAGGUUACAGUGGUCGAUAUGAAUAUGGAGAAAAUUCUGCAGUGGAAUUCCGACAAACUGCCGAUCUACGAGCCCGGCUUGGACGAGAUCGUGUUCGCAGCACGCGGUCGAAAUCUACAUUUCGUCACUGAUAUUCCACGAGCGAUUCAUGAAGCCGAUCUCAUUUUCAUAUCAGUGAACACGCCAACGAAGAUGUACGGUAGAGGCAAGGUGAGUCAGUUCCAACCUUAUGAGCACGAGUUGUGUGCGACGAAGGUGUGC